GUAUCCGCAGGGGAGGAAAUGAGCACUGGAAGAUUUCGAAGUGGUGGGAAGGACAAGUGCAGGCUGCACAUGGUGACCUGGAACGUGGCCACAGCAGAGCCUCCUGAGGACGUCACCUCUUUGCUGCAGCUGGAUGUUCAACCCCCCACAGAUCUUUAUGUGAUUGGCCUGCAGGAGGUGAGCGCUUCACCUGUGAGGUUCAUCUCAGACCUGUUGGUGGAGGACUCCUGGAGCCACGUCUUCAUGGACACGCUGGCCCCCAGAGGAUUCAUCAAGGUGAAAUCAGUGAGGAUGCAGGGCUUGCUGCUCCUGGUUUUCGCCAAACAAGUCCACCUCCCGUACAUCCGAGACAUCCAGACCACGUACACCCGCACCGGCAUCUUCGGCUACUGGGGUAAUAAAGGAGGAGUGUCCGUGCGUUUCUCUUUCUACGGCCACAUGGUGUGCUUCCUCAACUGCCACUUGGCGGCCCACAUGAACUACGCCCUGCAGCGCGUCGACGAGAUUGAGUACAUCCUGGAGACGCAAGAUUUUGACAUCAGCGAGAGCCCGAACGUGCUGGACCACAAGGUGGUGUUCUGGUUCGGUGACCUGAACUUCCGUAUCGCCGACCACGGCUUGCACUUCCUCCGCUCGUCCAUCAACAGUGACCGCCUCAAUUUGCUGUGGAGCAAGGACCAGCUCUCGAUGAUGAAGAAGAAGGAAGCGUUCCUGCAGGAAUUUGAGGAAGGCCCAUUGAAUUUUAAACCCACCUACAAGUUUGCCCGCAACUCUGACACCUAUGAUACCAGCUCUCCGAAGACAUGGUUUGGUUUUAAUGGCAAGAAGAGGAAACCAGCUUGGACAGAUCGGAUCCUCUGGCGCAUCAAACCCAAAGACCUGCCAUCGGAGGAUGAUGAGAAAGCAUCGACUUGUACCGACGAUGGACAAGAUGAAUAUCCAAUCAUGGUCACCCAGGAUAAGUACACCAGUGACAUGAGCUAUGGAGUCAGUGACCACAAGCCUGUCAUUGCAACCUUCAGCCUGGAGCUGAGGAAAUGCUUUGACACGCCGUUGGUGCACAUCUCUCCUGAGGGUGUAUGGAGCGCCGACCAGGAUGCAGUUCUUACCUACACCGUCCAAGAAGACUUCAUGUCCUCCACAUGGGACUGGAUUGGCCUGUACAAGGUUGGAUUCAAGAGUGCGUCCGACUAUGAAACCUUUGUUUGGGUGAGGGAGAACGAGCUGCCAGAGACAAAUGAAGUCAUCCAGAUAUCUGUGGAUAAGGAUGCGAUCCCUCUGCUCGGUGGACAGUAUGUUUUGGGUUACUACAGCACGAACAUGCAAAGCAUCCUCGGCCUUAGCUCAAACUUCCAGAUCCUGGAGUCAAAGCGUGCUGUAAUGGAGGGCCUCGUUCCUGAGAGCAUCAACGGCAUCAACAAAUAAGAACAAAUUCACCGCAGUGCCACAUCGUGUUCCUCUCGCCAGCAGAUCUACAAAGAACCAAACUUUCAUAUGCCUCAUGAUCAACUGGAUAGACGGAUACAAUCUUGAACUGGAUAAGCUGACUCAUUAAAUAACUGCCAUCACGUGUACUGGAAACUUGAGUUGUUGAAGAAAUUUGCAUGUUAGGAAUUCACUUUAAGUCAGAUUCACUCUUGCUGGAUCAGUUCCUUAAUCGAUGUUUUGAGUUUAUGUCUGUUAGAGUAGAAAAUACUUAAUAAACAUGUCAAGUGACACAGUUCAUUCAAAUGCAAAAGAUUUGCUUAAGUUUGUUCUUUGAAAGUCGUGAAGAAGGACAUGCAAUACAGGAGGAGGGGUUGGAGGAGGCUGUCUUGCUAUCAGUUGUUUGCAGCAGCUAUUAGACCUUAAUUUGUUGGGGUGGAAUAAGGAAGAUGGGAGAAAGAUUAAAAAUAUAAUGUACACAUGAAUCCCUUGAAGGACAUGAAAUGUUGAUGUGGACUUUCACACUGAGGUGUCAUAUAUUUCUUUACGAACUGUUAUCUGUGUGGUAAUAUAAAACUUGAGUGUAUCAUGAGGAUAGACAAAAAAUA